AUGGCCUACAUUGAAGAAGAGCCCGAGGACAUUUACGAGGCUCGAGAUGUAGAAGACACCCUUGAUGCGGUCCCCUUGGGGCAUAUCUCGUUCGAUAACCCUCUCAAGGAUAAUGACCCGCCGUGUCGCACGACUCUGGGGAUUGCAGAACUAAUCAGUUUCUAUACAACUGCCUGUGAGUUGAGACUGAACACUACGGGAGACCUCAACCUACCUGGAGAUGAGGACCUCCACCCACUGAGCAGCUUCUGGGAUGAGUUCCGAUUUGCAAUCACUCAGAUCUCAGAUGACGAAGUGGUCGUUGAAGACUCCACCAUGUUGCAAACUUCGUUGGCUAGCGAAGGGCCCUACCCAGAGAGCAUGCAGCAGCAAGACGAUGGGUUUGAACUGGACCCUUCACGGUUCAUCGUCGAAUGGAUGCCUCGAGAGGAAGCCUUCCUCAUCACUGACAGACUCACUGGCCUGAUCCAUGCCUUGGACAGGCUACACCUGUUGAACCACAACUUCAAUGUGAUUGGCUGGUUCCUGAAACAAACACUGAACACAUGGAAGAUCAUCACCGAAGAUCAAGACUCAUCCGAUCUUGGCCAAUUCUUCAUGAUCGCCGAAAACGACGACGAUCCUGAGCUGGUUGAAUUCAUCUUAAGGCUCAUUGAUGGGUUUCAGGAGAUUGAUGCCCCCAAAGCACCUGCCAACGAACCACCGUUAGAGCACCUUGAAUUGUUUGGACAACAAGUGAAAGCAGGAACUUACGCUGCACUUCAGAGGAACUCUGUGGUAACCAAGGACUACUCGCGCAUGGUCCCGGAACCUGUAACUAUCACGGUAAAAAUCAACGGACAACCCGCUCGUGCGCUAAUUGACUCCGGAUCGCUGGGUGACUUCAUGUCAACCACAUUGGUAGAACAACUAGGCCUAAAGAAAAUUCAGCUCCCCACCCCGCUCGCGGUGCAGCUUGCGAUCAAUUACGGCUGUAGGGCCAAAAUCAGCUAUCAGUCCAUUGCAGAGGAACGAUACUUCGACGUCAUAAACCUAUCCAACUACGAUCUCAUACUUGGAACCCCCUGGCUAUAUCAGCACCAGGUGACAUUUGGUAUCAACCCCAUAGAAGUCACGAUUGGUAGUGCUAGCUCCGUCCCAAUGAAAGGAGCAGGGGUGUCUACCCUAGCAUCCCAAACAAUAAGCCUGUAUGAAGGAAACCUGGAACAAAUCAGGAAGGAACUUCGUGAGUAUGCAGCAUCUCUAUGCCUGACGGCAGAAGAAACACCCCUACCCCCGUUACGGGCCAUCAAUCACACCAUCCCCCUCAUUGAUGAGAAUAAAGUCUACCACUGGCGUACUUCGCGAUGCCCAGAACCACUGCGUGAGCAAUGGAACACGAAACGAGCGGCGUACGUCAAAACCGGACGUUGGAAAAUGUCAUCGGCCGGAAAUGCUGUCCCCAUGCUGCUCAUUUACAAGCCAGGUAUGGAUUUGCUACGAUGUGUCACGGACUUGCGCGAACGCAAUGCCAACACCAGGCGAAUGUCAUUGCCACUCCUGGUAAUUGAGGCCAUUAUAAGAUGA